CUGCAUUUACUCGGGAUGACCGCUAGGGGGCGGGGAACAUCGCCUGUACAUCAGCCGUUGGGCGUGUCCGCUGGCCCCGCCCCGCCCCGUUCCAGCUGCUGCAAGCCUGGGAAGUCUCGUUCCUUCUGGAGACGUUUUCUGCCAUCAGCCGCGCAUCAGAACCGGAUCGGAACCGGAACCAUGGGCUCGGCCGCUUUCCUACUCGCCUUCUCUCUGGCUUUGAUUGCCGUCUGCUCCGGGGGCUCGGACGCCCCCCGGGGGGUCGCGGUGGGGUUCGUCUUUGACCCCAACGCCAAGUGUGAGCCUGCGUGCAGACAUGCGGGGCUUUGCAUCCGCAACAACACGUGUUUCUGCGCCAAAGGCUACGAGGGAGAGACCUGCCAACACGCAAACUGUUUCCCCAAAUGUAAGAACGGAGGAGCGUGUCUCCGUCCCGGGAAAUGCAGAUGCCCCCCCGGAUUUGGAGGGAGAUACUGUCACAAAGUGACCUGUGACGGCGGCUGCUGGAACGGCGGCGAGUGUUUGGCCGUGAACGGAGCGGCCCGGUGCGUCUGUCCGUCCAGCUGGACCGGGUCCAAAUGCCAGCACGCCAUUUGUCCUCAGGGCUGCAGGAACGGGGGGGUCUGCGUGGCCCCAGGAAUCUGCAGCUGUCCGGACGGCUGGCUGGGCGGCGCCUGCCACACGGCCGUCUGCAGCCGCGCCUGCAUGAACGGCGGGAAAUGCAUUUCUCCCAACAAGUGCCGCUGCAGACCCCCGUUCUCCGGACCCCGCUGUGGAGACAGGAAGAGGAUCCACUAGAGCCGGCCAGAGGAUCGACCUCGCUUACCACAGAAAACCUGGAGGGUUUUUGUUUUAUGUGAAAUGCAAUGAAAAAAAAAGGUUUAGGAAGAGUCUCAACAGCAGUUCUGUAAGGUUUUGUAUUAAAAGGUGGAAUAAAUUGAUAAAAAAAGACA